AAACCUUGAGUAGUUUGAAAUCGGUAGUAAACAAUAUUACACGUUCGAUGCAAAAUACUACAGUUCAAACGUCUAUACAUUGCAGAAUUGAUAAACAACGUAGCCAGUAGUCACAGUAUAUCUACCAGUCGAACGAAUCGGACGUUGAUACACUUUACAAUACGCUUUUUGAACAAUUUUGGUAGAGCAAUCCGGUCAAACCCGUCGACAGGCAACAGAACACAGUCGACGAGUACAAUACGAUGGAUCUACACGUGUCAAGGAUUUUCGUUUAUCCGAUCAAAUCUUGCGGAGCAUACGAAACGAAGGAAUGGCUAUUGGAACCAUACGGGUUUCAAUACGACCGAAGCUGGGCUGUGGUCAGUGAGGCGGGAAUGUGUAUGACGCAAAUGGAAGAGCCAAAACUCUGUCUGGUGAAGCCGUAUAUCGAUUUGCAAAGAGGAACCAUGACUCUGGUAUAUGCAGAAAACAAAGACGAAGUUCCGAUGGAAGUUCCAUUGGAUACGAAACUCGAUGCGACCAAGAGAACGGGAAAAAUUUGUUGGGGUGGAUCUUUGGAAGGAAUCGACUGUGGAGACGAAGUGGCCGAAUGGCUCAGUUGGAACCUCGAUCGGCCAGGGUUAAGACUUGUUUGGUGCACCGGCCGCAAUGUGUCUCCGAAACAUUAUGGAAGGUUAGAUCCAAAGGUAAUAGGUAAUAACCUAUGUCAAUAUCUAUUGUCCACGCAACCAACGCUCAAAUGGUUACAGCAAGAAAUGGCAAACUCGAUAGCGGAAAUAGAUGAAGAUAGUCUGUUACUUCGAUUCCGAGGUAACUUUUUGAUUUCUGGCAACAAUCUACCAGCCCACGCCGAAUUAACUUGGGACCAGUUGGACAUUGGAGGAGUCAAAUUGCAAUUCGAUUCGGCUUGUGAAAGAUGCAAAAUGGUAAAUAUCGAUCAGGAUACAUCGGAGAAUAUUUAUAAACCAAUGUCCAUAUUGUCCCAACACAAGUGGCAAGGCAAAAUCGUUUUCGGAAUCUAUAUGAAUCGCAAAGAUACGGAAAAAUGUAAAAUACGAGUGGGCCAAAAGUGCACUGUCAUUAAUAAAAAAUGAUUUGUCAUAGGAUUUAUCUAUGUACUCGUAUAAUAUAAAUAUCGUUUGAACUUAAAAUGAACAAACUUACAACACGGCAAUCUUGUAAAUGCCACAGAAUAAUUAAUCAUGAUAAUGGAAUAAAAAAGUAUUUUUUCUUAAAUUA